GCUUGCGUGGUUGUCAAUAAUAAAAAUUCCUGACUAAAGUCAUUAGGAUCAGAUUCUAAGAAGUAAAUUACUCAAGCCUGUAGGAGGACAAUAUAAGUGUACGCAACUGCAAUUACAAAAUGAGAGACAGCAAUCAAUCACCAUUCAGCUACAUAUUGAGAGAAUUGAUAAUUUGAGGGAAAUGGUAGUGGUUGAUCCUGACGAUCUCAAAGUGGGUGAUCACAUCUAUGCUUGCAGGGCUGCUGGAUACGCCCACCAUGGAAUAUAUGUGGGUGAGGUCAAUGGCGUCAGUUUCGUGAUUCACUUCAACUCCACAACAAAUGGAGGCGGCGUUGUGGGCUCAGUCUUCACUGCUAGUAGGUGGUCUAAAAACAAGGCUUGCCAAGUAUGUGGGCAUGUAGAGAAUGUGAAUCUUGGAGUGGUGAAAACCUGUCUUGAUUGUUUCCUGAAAAAGGACGAAUUGCAGUUGCAGUGUUAUAUUGGAAACUCAAAACCAAGUAAUGAAGUUGUGAAGAUGGCCUAUAACCUACUGGAACGUGGGUUCGGCGAAUAUAAUAUUGCUAUAAACAAUUGCGAGCACUUUGCCACCUUUUGUAAGAAAGGAGAGCCCUAUAGCGGACAAGUUGAAAAUGCUAGCAUGAUGAUUAAUUUACUUCCUACGGGAUCUCUUCCUUUCCGGCUGUUUGACCUUUACCUUUCGUUUCGAAAACAGGGAAACCAUAGAUAAAUUUAUUUUAAGUUCGAAUCUCUCAAACUA